AUGUUGGAAUCGAAGGUGUUAUUGAACUCAAACGGGAGCUUGAACGGUCGUCAGAAUCACACCGAAAAUUCGGCCGACGAGGAUUUGAACGUCUUCCUUUCAUCGAGAAGAGGAUUUGUGCGCAUAGCCAUGGAACACGGGACACCUCUGGUUCCAGUUUUCUGCUUUGGUCAGUCACACGUGUACAAAUGGUGGAAGCCAGACUGGAAACUCUACCUGAAAUUAUCGAGAGCCAUCAGGUUUACCCCGAUCUGCUUUUGGGGAGUUUUUGGAUCUCCCUUGCCGUAUCGACAACCUAUGGACGUGGUGGUUGGUAAACCAAUAGAAGUUUCAAAAACUCUGCAGCCAAGUAAUGAAGAGAUUGCUAAGUUACAUGGCCAGUUUGUGGAAGCACUUAAGGAUCUGUUUGAGAGGCACAAGGCUCGAGUAGGCUAUUCUGAUCUUCAGUUGAACAUUCUUUGA